AUGCUGCAGAACGCUGCAGAACGCCCCGGCCGGGCCCGACGCCAGCAGCCGCACCCACCGCGGCGCCGCCCGGCCCUCUGCGAUCCAUCCCGGCCCCAUCCCGGUCCCGGCCGUCCCGGCGCUCACCUGCGGCGCGGUUUUCGGGCCGUUCCUCGCUCCCUCCGGCACAGCAGCGCCCGGCCGCACGCGUCACUUCCGGGCGCCGCCGCCCCGCACGGCGCCGGGCCGGGCCGAACCACCGCGCGGUACCGGGGCUGUCGGCGGCCGCGCGGAAGUCGGCGCGGAGGUCCGUCGCCCGGGGAGCCGUCCCGCGGCGAGGCCCGGCGGCCGGGAGGCUCCGAGGAGCCGGAGAACGGCGGGGGCCCCGCGGAACGGUCGGACCUCGGGCUGCUCCCGGCCGAGCUGCGCGGCCGGCUGCUGGACCAGGAGGAUUGCCGCGACCGCGCGCGGGCGGUGGAGGAGCUGCAGCGGCUGCUGGCGGCCCUCGGCCCGGCCGCGGCGGCCGCGGCGCCCGGCACGGCGCUGCUAGGACUGCUGGGGCUGCUGUGCGCGCUGCUGGACGAUGCCGACUCGGCGGUGGCCCUGGGCGCCCUGGAGGCCGCGCAGCUGCUGGCCCUGCGCCUGGGCGGCCGGCUGAGCGCCUUUCUGGGUCCGCUGGUGGCGGCCGCGGCCAAAGCGCUGGGCGACCCGCGGGCGGCCCUGCGCCGGCGCUGCCACCGGCUACUGCGGCAGCUGAUGGAGGCGGCCGGGCCGCGGCGCGUGCUGGAGCUGCUGCUGCGCCGGGAGCUGCUGCGGCACCGCGACGCCCGCGUGCGCGAGGAGGUGCUGGUCGCCUGCGUCGCCGCGCUGCUCGCCCACCCCGGGGAGCUGGACCCGGGCAGCCUGGCCCUCGGCCUCGCCCCGGCGCUGCUGGACGGCGAGCGCAGAGUGCGGCACGCGGCCUUGGAGGCGUUCGCCCUGUUGGCGUCGGCCGCCGGGCCCGGGGAGAGCGGCCUCCUGUUCGAGGCGGUGCGCGCGGCGGAGCCGCGGGACGACGGGGACCGGGCGAUGCGCGCGGUGCGGGCCAGGCUGGCCAGGAAGAGCCUGCCGAGGCUGGGGGAGCGCGGCUGCGUGCAGUACGCGGUGCCGCUGCCUUCGAGCGCCCGGGGCUGCGGGGCGCCGCGCGGGGCCGACGUCGAGUGGCUGCUGGCGGGCGGCGGGGCGCGGAGCGCGAGGAGCUGCGGGCCGCAGCCUGGGGACGCCGCGCGGAGCUCCGGCUCGACCGGCGGGACGGCGCGGAGAAUCCUGAGUGCCGGGAGAGGGAAGAACAAACUGCCCUGGGAAGCAGAGCGCGGCAGAGACGGGGAAGGCGGAGCGGGAGACGUGGUGCCUUCCGCCGAGGGCGUGGAGCAGUUCUCUUCACCCGGAGAUUUUCUCCAUUCUCCAAAGCUGCAGCCCUCCCAAGGAGCGCCGGGCAGCGAUGAGUUACUUUUCAGUAGAAGAAAACCGUCAAGAGAUUUAUUUCAGAAUAGCGUAGAUUUCAGUUCUGAGCAUUCUUCACUUUGUGCCGGUGCUGUGGGCUCUCAUCAGCCACAUACUUCAGGGAAAUGUGGAGCGCUUGGACACACACAGACACGUGGGAAGAGUGGUAGUGUGGACUCUGCUUUACAGUUUUUGGGAUUAAAUAACUGCCAGCAAGACAAAGUUUGUGCCAGCCUGAAUUUUUCCAGCAAGACCCAGCGAGGUGUUUGCAGCCCAGCAGAACACACGUCGUCCUCGCAAGGUACUGCUGCAAACCAGGGGGCCUUCAUCCUGCCAUCCUACCCUCUGACAUCCCCUGGGAGCAGCCCCAAGCACCUCUCCUCUCCAGCUGAGUCCCCAAAGAAGUCACAGCAUAACACCAUGAGCUUCUCAAACUCCUGGCCUCUUAAAAGCUUUGAAGGGCUGCACAAGCCAAGUUCUCAAAAGCCAAGAGACAGUGCAGGGCAGAACUUGCAGGAGAAGCAUUCUCCUCUGCAGCUGAAGCCCACCUUGGUGAGACACCCAGCAUCCCGCCGGGGGCUGGCUGGGAACAGCAGGCCUGUGCCCCCCAUCCCACACCUCGCCAGCCCCCUGCCCAGCAGGGCACAGGGGAGAGCCGAGCAGUGCGAGGAUGCGUGGAUGAAUGAAGCGGGCAGGAAGCUUGCAGCUGAUCUGUCAGAGCUGAGUGUCGAUGACGAGGAGGUGGACCAAGAAGAGAUGCAGAGUUCACUCAGAUCUCUACGAAAUAGCGCAGCUAAGAAGAGGGCAAAGCUAAGCAGUAACUUUUCAGAACUUGACAGCCCUGAUUCUGCUCUCAAGCUCAGUCUGUCUGCAGAUUCCCCUUCUCACGCUUCCUCCCCGAGCUCCUGUAGCGAAAGUGGAGCUCACAGCCAGGAGUCUCUGACCUCACCUGCAUCCACAGCUCCUCGGAGAAGGAGAGUAACGUCAGACACCUUUCCACUGUUGGGAAAUAAAGCACAGCCUGCAGGCAUCUCUUCAGCGAGGAGCAGAGAUGCAGAUGUGGCAGAGCAUAACUCAAGGCCAGUGUUGGCCUGUAGCUCCCAGCAGCUGAGCAGCCCAGAUUCCAUUUCACCCAGUCUGCUGCCUGAAGAUGUGGUCGAAAUCGUUGGUAAAGGUGUGUUUGGAAGUCCUCCUCCUGCACAGGCACAGAGCCAGACUGUAACGUGUGUAGAGAAUGGAGAUGACCAGUCUGUCCAGGAGCCUGAGCCAUCGCCGGCGUUCUGUGGGAGAAGCAUCCAGCAUGGCAACACUUCUCACUCCCGUGCUGAAAAUGAGAGAGAGGUAAAAGUGACCAUGUCAAAAUCUGCCCAGGAUAAGAUGAGGCAGAAGAAAAAGGAAAGAAAAGAACAAAGUCACAAGGAGUAUCAGGAAGUCAAAGACCUUGAAGAAAAGGAAAAAAGUCCUUGGGAAAGACUGAACCUGAAUGAACCCAAGAGCACAACAGCUGACAAGUUAAAUCUCCAUGGGGAUAUAUUGGCACCAUCAAGAAGUGUGUCACUGUCAUUAGAAAAUGUUGCCCCGAAUACUUCACUAAGAAGAACAUCCAGUUUGAAGAAGGCAAAAUGUUCAGCCUUGCUAGACUCUGAUGAAAUUCCUCUAGGGCCUCGAGGGCGCUAUAAGGAGCGGACGCCAUCGGUCACCCACAGCCCUGAAGUGAUGGACCCUUCAGAACUGGAGCCCUUUGCAAAGCCAGAGGCAGCCCUGACAGAAGCCCUGGCGCUCCUGGCUGACGACGACUGGGAGAAGAAGAUUGAAGGUCUGAACUUCAUUCGGUGUUUGUCUGCAUACCACACAGCUGUGCUGACUGGGAAGCUCCACGAAACAAGUUUGGCUGUGGCUCAAGAGGUCAAGAAUUUACGCUCAGGUGUUUCUCGAGCUGCUGUGGUCUGUUUAGGGGAUUUGUUCACCUACCUGAGAAAGAGCAUGGAUCAAGAACUAGAUAAUACAGUAAAAGUCCUUUUGCACAAAGCUGGUGAAUCCAACACAUUUAUAAGGGAAGAGGUAGACAAAGCACUGAAGGCUAUGGUUAAUAAUGUGACUCCAGCACGUGCACUUUGUUCUCUUAUAAAUGGAGGGCAAAGCCAUCUGCAUACAGCCGUGAGAAGAUGCACAGCCCAGCACAUGGCAGAUGUUGUAGAACGUAUGGGAGCAGAGUGGGUGCUGUCUGGAACCAAAGGUGUCACUGAUAGGACUUUCUCUGCGAUUGCCAGGUUUGCACUGGAUAGUUCACAGCAAACAAGGUAUUAUGGUCGAAAGAUGCUUUUCUGCAUGAUGACUCAUCCUGAUUUUGAUAAAACACUUGAAAAGUAUGUGCCAGCCAAGGAUUUACCUUACAUUAAGGAAUUUGUUAACAAUCUACAUCAAAAGGGUUUGGGAGAGAUGCCAUUAGACACACCCUCAGCAAAAGGAAGACGUUCUCAUACUGGUAGUGUUGGACAUUCGAGGUCAUCGUCUACUUCCAGAGAUGCUCUCAACAUCACUGACAGAGAGGCUACAGAAGCACGCGAAGUCAGUAGAAAACCAGUUCCUCGUAAUUCCCUGGAAAGUGAAGAAUAUGUGAAGGACAUCGUAGGUUUAUUGAAUGCCAAAGACUUCCGGGAUCGAAUAAAUGGCAUUAAACAACUGUUGUCAGACACAGAGAACAAUCAGGACUUUGUUGUUGUGAACAUUGUGAAGAUCUUCGAUGCUUUCAAGUCUCGCUUACAUGACUCAAACAGCAAAGUCAAUCUGGUUGCUUUGGAGACAAUGCACAAGAUGAUUCCAUUGCUGAAAGACAAUUUAUCACCAGUUAUCAACAUGUUAGUUCCUGCAAUGGUAGAUAACAACCUAAACUCCAAAAAUCCAGGGAUCUACGCAGCUGCAACAGAUGUUAUUCAGGCUCUGUGCCAACACUUAGACAGCUAUUUGCUUCUGCAGCCAUUCUGCACAAAAGUCCAAUUUCUGAAUGGAAAAGCAAAACAAGACAUCACUGAGAAGCUUGCUGACCUGGUUGUGGAGCUGUACCCACGGAAGCCUCACGCUGUAGAGCAGAAGGUUUUAGUCGUCCUCUGGCACCUCCUGGGCACCAUGACCAGCAGCGGCUCUCUGCCCGGAGCAGGAGGAAACAUCCGGGCAGCCACAGCCAAACUGUCCAAAGCACUUUUUGCACAGAUGGGGCCGAGCCUCCUUGCUCACGCUGCAGCUCAGCCACCGCACAUCAAGAGGAGUUUGGAGGAGUUCCUGGAGAUAGCCACCUAACCAGCGGGCCGCCUUGGGCCGAGGGGGCAGAAGAUGGCAGUGGAUGUGGGGCGGCCCUGGGCUGCGUUCACUUGGCCCAGGAGCUGCUGUCGGGGUCACCGUGGGAGUGCUGGCGCGGGCUGCACUGCUGCCCUCAGCGCUGGGUCCUGCGAGUGCCGCACCUCGCACGCAGCCGGAGGGGAACCGGCUGAUACCGCAUCCAGAACGCAGGGCUUGGUGCGCCAACAGUGAACAACAGCUUUUUUUCACCCCCGUGCAGUAUUAGCAGGGCGCCGUGCGGGAUGGAGCCGAGCCCGGGGCAGCAGGGCACCGCCAGGAGCGCACGGAGCUGAGCGCCCGUUUGUGCGUGUAACGCGGCCGCCCCGCCCGUUCUGCUCGGCCCCGCUGCCGCGUGCGUUUUACACGGGAACUGACGCGAAUAAAUGGAUUUAUUUCCGUAA